AUGUCGCCCACACACCGUCCGUCCUUCUCCAUCGCAAUGCCUACCAGCCCCGUCUUCCUCGCCGCCGACGCCGACCAGAUGCCGCACACUCCCGAGGCGCGCCAGCAGUCGUGCCAGUCGACAGCAGAACCUCCGCCGCCGCCGCGACCGGUCCCAUUCAAGGUCAAGAGGAAGCGGCCGAGUGCGCAAUUCAACCUACACCACCUCGACACGUCCGUCAUCCCUACGAUUGAGAUGUCCGAAGCGCCCUCUCAAUUGUCCAGUCCAACAUUCCAACACUCGGUCUCCGCGCGCUUCCUCUCUCCAAUCAUGUCCGCGACGCAUUCGCGCACCCUCACGCCACCGACAACCCCAGCGCCGAAGCUCUACCCGAGUUUCAGCCAACUCGAAAGUCCGGCCGAUGAGUGGGACAUGAUCAAUAACAGGAAGCCGACCUUCCAACGCGCCAACUCUGUUUGCUCGUCCUUCUCCGACUCGUCCAUAUCCUCGUGUGGCAGCUCCGCUUUCUCCGCGCCCAUCAAUGGCUACGACAGCCCUCUCUCUGAAGCCAACGAUCCAUUCAUGGACGACGACCCGCCCAAGCAAGCACGCAUACUGCAGUCGCCCAUGCGCCAGGACGCUGCGCCCAAGAACAAGCGAGUCAAGACUCGUCGCGAUGUGAGGUGGACGCAACAAAUGGACGAUCACCUCUGGAUGACCUUCUCGGCUUACCUCUCCGACCCUACCCUWACACCAUUCAAGAUGCUACCUGGCAGCACCCCACCCAUGGGAGUGUGCGACCAGGUCGCGACCAAGGCCAAGCGUACAUGGCGUGCGCGCAAGGCUGGUCCAUCAACUCCUGGCGCGAUGGACAUGCUCUUCGACUCCCACGAUCACAUUCAGCUUGAUGGCUCGCCCGACACGAUCCGACCCACCUCGCUCCAGAUCUCGCAGUCGAAAUGGCCAAAGAAUGCUGCAACAAGGCGUCGUCUUCGCGAGCUUUGUGCACGUCGUCCGUCCAUUUCGGCCCACUAUCAGCGCAUGUUGCGCACUCGAAGCCCGUCUCCAUUUGAAACGUCCAGCCCCGGUACCCAGCAGCCCGAGCCAACGUCAUUCUCUGGAAUCGAUAUGAUCAUGUCGCUCGUGACAUCCACUGCGCCUUCGAUGCAACCAAAUGGCCCGUUGGCACAGCUCACAUCCCAAGUUGCGACACCGCAGCCACCUCCAACUCCCAAGCCGCGGCGCCUGUCUAGACCUGCUCGUCCAGAGGGCUGGUUCGAUCGUAUCCCUCGCUCCAAGGCUCAUCAGAAGAGCGCGUCUCUUCAGUCCGAGCUCAACCUUAACCUCGAAGCUGCAGCCUCACAGGGUGCCAGCUCUUUGGCAUCUCCUUUUGAUGGUGACUCGUCUUCCAGCCGCACGCACCUUCUCCAUAGCAUGGCCAACACCAGGUCGCUUGGCCGUACAGAGUUCAACGGCAAGUCUCUUGACUCACCGUUGGAGUUCAGGACCGGAGCGCCCACAGAUCGUCGCUCCCGCAAACGGCGCUUCCGAUCGGAUGAGGAAAAGCCGCGGCGUGGUGCCCUGGAGGAUGUGUUUGGCCCUCCCUCUGCUGAAAGCGAUGUCGGUCGCAGCCGCGGCUUCACUGUUGGCGCCAUCUGCGCGACUGACAACUUGACCAAGAUGUUCACCCCGCGACUUCCCACCUUCGACCAACCCAUGGCUGAGGCUCCAACAAUGGCAGAGCUGGGCAGUCGUUCCGCUCCUCGUCGCCUAGCUGAGCCGGUACCCCGUCUUGGUUCUCCCUUCAUGGAGACACCGCCACCAUGCCGCCAACACAACACCUUCCCUCGCACCAGCCUGCUACCUUCGGCAGGGGACCAGGAGCCAUUCCAUCAACGCCUUGUCCAGCUUGUGGCGGAGCACCAUAACGGCGGUGCCUCCUCUCGUUGA